CCCACCGCCACGUGCGCCGCACCCUCGCCCGACGUGGAGGUGGAGCGGGGCACCUGGGAUGCGGGCGAGGCCUCAGCCGUGCUGCGCCUGCAGGUGCGGGCGCUGCGCAAGCGAGAGCGGGCCAAGGCCUACGUGCUGUGCACGCGGGCCGCACCUGGGCAGCCGUGGCAGCGCCAUGCGGGCGCCGAGGGCCGCCUGGUGGUGGUGGAGGAGAAGCGGUCUCUGCUGCCCACGUGGCUGCAGGCAGCGCUGCUGGCGGCACUGCUGGCACUGUCGGGCAUGUUCAGUGGGCUCAACCUGGGCCUGAUGGCGCUGGACCCCAUGGAGCUGCGCAUCGUGCAGAACUGCGGCACAGAGACAGAGCGCCGCCACGCUCGCCGCAUCGAGCCCGUCCGCCGCCACGGCAACUACCUGCUGUGCUCGCUGCUUCUGGGCAACGUGCUGGUCAACACCACCCUCACCAUCCUACUGGAGGACCUCAUCGGCUCCGGGCUGGGCGCUGUAGCUGCCUCCACCGUGGGCAUCGUCAUCUUCGGCGAGAUAGUGCCGCAGGCCCUGUGCUCGCGGCACGGCCUGGCCGUGGGCGCCAACACUGUCGUCCUCACCAAGUUCUUCAUGCUGCUCACCUUCCCACUCUCCUACCCCAUCAGCAAAGUGCUGGACUGCUUGCUGGGCCAGGAGAUCGGCACCGUCUACAACCGGGAGAAGCUGGUGGAGAUGCUGAAGGUGACAGAGCCCUACAACGACCUGGUGAAAGAGGAGCUCAACAUGAUCCAGGGGGCCCUGGAGCUGCGCACCAAGACCGUGGAGGAUGUCAUGACGCCACUGCAUGACUGCUUCAUGAUCCCCGCUGAGGCUGUGCUGGACUUCAACACCAUGUCAGAGAUCAUGGAGAGUGGCUACACCCGCAUCCCCGUCUACGAGGAUGAACGCUCCAACAUUGUGGACAUCCUCUAUGUCAAGGACCUGGCCUUCGUGGACCCUGACGACAGCACACCGCUGAAGACCAUCGCCAAGUUCUACAACCACCCCGUGCACUUCGUCUUCCACGACACCAAGCUUGACGCCAUGCUGGAGGAGUUCAAGAAGGGCAAGUCGCAUCUGGCCAUCGUGCAGAAGGUAAACAACGAGGGUGAGGGCGACCCUUUCUACGAGGUGCUGGGGCUGGUGACGCUUGAGGACGUCAUUGAGGAGAUCAUCAAGUCUGAGAUCCUUGACGAGUCCGACAUGUACACAGACAACCGGAGCAGAAAGCGAGUGGGCCCAACCCGUGCCAAGCGUGACUUCUCAGCCUUCAAGGACCCUGACAAUGAGCUGAAGGUGAAGGUGUCACCCCAGCUGCUUCUGGCCGCCCACCGCUUCCUCGCCACUGAGGUGCCAUUGUUCACACCCAAUCUGAUGUCGGAGAAGAUCCUGCUGCGGCUGCUCAAGCACCCGGAUGUCAUCCAGGAGCUGCAUUUCGAGGAGGCUGACCGCCGCAGCCCACGCCACUUUCUUUAUGUCCGUGGCCGCCCUGCUGACUGUUUCACCCUCAUCCUGCAGGGGAAGGUGGAGGUGGAGGCUGGCAAGGAGAAUAUGAAGUUCGAGACGGGUGCCUUCUCCUUCUAUGGUGUCAUGGCCCUCAGCCCCCCGCCCAACACAGAGCUGCGUUCCCCAUCCCAUGGCAGCAGCCUGAAUCGCUCGGCCUCACUUAGCUACCCUGAACGCUCGGACUCGCUGCCUUCACCUCUGGGGGGCAGCAGCAACCAGCUCAGUGUUGCCUCCACGCCCCAGUAUGUUCCUGACUUCAGCGUCCGUGCCCUCACUGACCUUCAGUUCGUAAAGAUCACACGGCAGCAGUACCAAAAUGGGCUCUUGGCCUCGCGCCUUGACAGCUGCCCCCAGUCCCCAGAGAGCAGCAGCCCCCCGCGACCAGAGCCCAGGGGGCUGGAGCUUUCAGGGGGACUGGCUGAUGAGACCACAGGCCUCCUGCAUGACCGGAACUGCCUCAGCCGCUGCAGCACCCAUGGACCCCUGGAGAACUCAGUCUGACCCCGGCCGUGGGGGCCACGGCACCCCUGGCCCCAGGGGCUGUGAGGGCAUGCGGGUACUCAGGGAGCCGGAAGGCAUGGGUGUGCGAGACAAGGGCCUAGUGUGGGCUGCGAGCGUUUGUGAUGUGUCCUCGUGAGUCCAGGCUCUGCCAUGGAGCCCCCCGACAUGGUGUGGCUGGCCAGGAGCAGGCCGUGACUGAUAGGAUGUCAUGACCAAAGAAGCUUCCCUGUCUCCCAGUGGCUGCUGGGGCCAGGGUGCCGCAUGGUGCCAGGCAGGCCUUGGGCACUCUGGCUGUAUCUGCCAGGUGAUCUGUGGCUGGGGUGAGGUUUCAUCAACUUUGCACGUGGGUGGCACUGGCCUGGCCGGGAUUGGCCACCAAGUCCACAUGGUAGCCAGGCUGGGGGAAGUUGGGCACUCAUCAGUCUCUGUGCAAACCAGCUGGAUUCACAUGGUGAGAGUGAGGAGUGGUGCGUGCUCUGCAGCCGCAGCCAGCCAUGGCACCAUCCCAUGGCUGUCUCGGUGCCAAUGUGUGUCCAGCUGUGGCCAGAAAGGCCGAGACUGUGUGUCCGGGUCCCGUCCCCCGUCCCCCCCCCCCCCA